AUGUAUCAUAUGGAUCCUUUGAAUCAUCCAAUAUUUAAUCCAGAGUUAUUUCAACCAGAGAUGGCGCUGUCAACAGAUGGCCCAUACCUUCAAAUAUUAGAGCAACCUAAACAGAGAGGAUUUCGUUUCCGUUACGUAUGUGAAGGCCCAUCCCAUGGUGGACUUCCUGGUGCAUCUAGUGAAAAGAACAAGAAGUCCUACCCUCAGGUCAAAAUCUGCAACUAUGUGGGACCUGCAAAGGUUAUUGUUCAGUUGGUCACAAAUGGAAAAAAUAUCCACCUCCAUGCCCACAGCCUGGUGGGAAAACACUGUGAGGAUGGGAUCUGCACUGUAACUGCUGGACCCAAGGACAUGGUGGUCGGCUUUGCAAACCUGGGUAUUCUUCAUGUGACAAAGAAAAAAGUAUUUGAAACACUGGAAGCACGGAUGACAGAGGCAUGUAUAAGGGGCUAUAAUCCUGGACUUCUGGUGCAUCCUGAUCUUGCCUAUUUGCAAGCAGAAGGGGGAGGAGACAGGCAGCUCACAGAUCGGGAAAAGGAGCUGAUCCGCCAGGCAGCUCUUCAGCAGACAAAGGAGAUGGACCUCAGCGUGGUGCGGCUCAUGUUUACAGCUUUUCUUCCGGAUAGCACUGGCAGCUUCACAAGGCGCCUGGAACCCGUGGUAUCAGACGCCAUCUACGACAGCAAAGCCCCCAAUGCAUCCAACUUGAAAAUUGUGAGAAUGGACAGGACAGCUGGAUGCGUGACUGGAGGGGAAGAAAUUUAUCUUCUCUGUGACAAAGUUCAGAAAGAUGACAUCCAGAUUCGAUUUUACGAAGAGGAGGAAAAUGGUGGAGUCUGGGAAGGAUUUGGAGAUUUUUCCCCCACAGACGUUCAUAGACAAUUUGCCAUUGUCUUCAAAACUCCAAAGUAUAAAGAUGUCAACAUUACAAAACCAGCCUCCGUAUUCGUCCAACUUCGGAGAAAAUCUGAUUUGGAAACUAGUGAACCAAAACCUUUUCUCUACUACCCUGAAAUCAAAGAUAAAGAGGAAGUGCAGAGGAAACGGCAGAAGCUCAUGCCCAAUUUCUCGGACAGUUUUGGCGGUGGUAGUGGCGCUGGAGCUGGAGGCGGAGGCAUGUUUGGUAGUGGCAGUGGAGGAGGGGGUACUGGAAGUACAGGUCCAGGGUAUGGCUUCCCACAUUAUGGGUUUCCUACAUAUGGUGGAAUUACCUUCCAUCCUGGAACCACUAAAUCUAAUGCUGGGAUGAAGCAUGACACUGAAUCUAAAAAUGGCCCUGAAAGUUGUGACAAGAGUGAUGACAGAGAGGCUGUAACAGGCUCUGGGAAAGUAAUUGAAACCACAGAACAAGAUAAGGAGGCUUGCGAGUCCAGCAAUGGGAACGAUGAGGUUGCUCUGACGUAUACAGUGGGAGUAAAGGAAGAGAAUGCUGGGUUUCAGGAUAACCUCUUUCUAGAGAAGGCAAUGCAGCUUGCCAAGCGGCAUGCCAACGCCCUUUUCGACUACGCAGUGACAGGGGACGUGAAGAUGCUGCUGGCCGUCCAGCGCCAUCUUACUGCAGUGCAGGAUGAGAACGGGGACAGUGUCUUACACUUAGCAAUCAUCCACCUCCAUGCUCAGCUUGUGAGGGAUCUGCUAGAAGUCACAUCUGGUUUGGUUCUUGAUGGCAUCAUCAACAUGAGAAAUGACCUUUACCAGACUCCCUUGCACUUGGCAGUGAUCACUAAGCAGGAAGAUGUUGUGGAGGAUUUGCUGAGGACUGGGGCUGACCUGAGUCUCCUGGACCGCCUGGGUGACUCUGUUUUGCACCUAGCUGCCAAAGAAGGACAUGAUAAGAUUCUCAGUGUCUUACUCAAGCACAAAAAGGCAGCACUACUUAUCGACCACCCCAAUGGGGAAGGUCUUAAUGCCAUUCACAUAGCCGUGAUGAACAAUAGCCUGCCAUGCCUGCUGCUGCUGGUGGCCGCUGGGGCAGAUGUCAACGCUCAGGAGCAGAAGUCUGGGCGCACAGCACUGCACCUGGCUGUGGAGCACGACAACAUCUCCUUGGCGGGCUGCCUGCUCCUGGAGGGUGAUGCCCAUGUGGACAGUACCACCUAUGAUGGAACUACACCCCUGCAUAUAGCAGCUGGGAGAGGGUCCACAAGGCUAGCAGCUCUUCUCAAAGCAGCAGGAGCAGAUCCCCUGGUGGAGAACUUUGAGCCUCUCUAUGACCUGGAUGACUCUUGGGAAAAGGCUGGAGAGGAUGAAGGAGUCGUGCCUGGAACCACCCCUCUAGAUAUGGCCACCAGCUGGCAGGUGUUUGACAUAUUAAAUGGGAAACCAUAUGAGCCAGAGUUUACAUCUGAUGAUUUACUGGCACAAGGAGACAUGAAACAGCUGACCGAAGAUGCAAAGUUGCAGCUCUACAAGUUGCUAGAAAUCCCUGAUCCAGACAAAAACUGGGCUACUCUGGCACAGAAAUUAGGUCUGGGGAUACUUAAUAAUGCCUUCCGGCUGAGUCCUGCUCCCUCCAAGACUCUUAUGGACAACUAUGAGGUCUCGGGGGGUACAGUCAAAGAGCUGGUGGAGGCCCUGAGCCAGAUGGGCUACACCGAAGCGAUCGAAGUGAUCCAGGCGGCCUUCUGCACCUCAGCAACCGCAGCCUCCAGCCCAGUGAAGACCACCUCUCAGGCCCGCUCGCUGCCUCUCUCGCCUUCCUCCACACGGCAGCAAAUAGAUGAGCUUCAAGACAACGACAGCAUCUGUGACAGUGGCGUGGAGACAUCCUUCCACAAACUCAGCUUUACAGAGUCUCUGACCAGCGGCAGCUCAUUGCUAACUCUUAACAAAAUGUCCCAUGACUACAGGCAGGAAGGACCUAUAGAAGGCAAAAUUUAGCCCGCUGGCGAGUUCCCACGCAACGUAAACCAGAGCGCUAAAAUUCCAGUGCAUUGUCCAAAGGAAGGAAGGUAAAGUGCAUCCAAAGGUGCUCAGAAGAAAACUGGCCGCCUGAAUCAUUCUUGAUUUAAUCCAAGGCCUUUUAAAUUUGGCUUCCUUUCUUGGUUCUUAAAUAAAUUUUAGCUUGGUUUACCUACAGAUAGUAUCUAGCGAUCACAGCGCUCAGCUGAGCUGGUGCAUCGUUGAGGGUGAGGUAGACUAUUGAGCUUUACCGGCUGCUCCUGGAUUACAGCUGCUUUCUGUUGUCAUUGCUGCCGUCCCUCUGCCGUUUCCCACCAUCAUUAAAAGUUAUCACUGUCCCCACCUGGUAUUCUUUCUAGCCGUCCACAGCAUGGCUAGAUAUUCACAUUAAAGAUUAAGAAAAGGGAUUUUUUAAAAUGAUAGUACUUUGCGUGCAAUAAAAAAGGCUUAUUGCUUUUUCUCUGUGAUUUGAAAAAUAAAAAACAUGUACUUGUCAAUAUUUAAACAUAAUUACAAUCAGUGCUGAAAAUGGUAUUUCCCCCCUUUUCUGCAUUUUGCUAUUGUAAAUAUGUUUUUUAGAUCAAAUACUUCAAAGGAAAAAAUGUUGGAUUUAUAAAUGCUA